AUGUCGCAGUCUACCCGUAUCCGUAUACGCCACAGCGGCCCCAUCUCGGACGAGCCUAGCUAUUCGGAGACAGAGGGACCCAGCGGAGGGUCAUACGAACACCAAGAAGAUUGGUCCGAGAACUCUUACGAGAGCGACGACGACGACGAAUACGAGGAGGACGAAAUUGACCCAGAAGAUUCUGCUUCGACCAGCCCUGCAAGGCGUCACCACGAAACUCGACCUGCGCGCCCUCCAUCCCGGCAGCACAGAACUAUCGCACAAAGAGCACCCUCUCAUUACGACCCUCGGCCGGCGCCGAACACUAACAGCCUGGAUUCAGAGUACGACUACUACGGCCGCGGUGCCGCUUACCCACCGCCCGGCGGUGGGAGUCAGUAUUAUGGUGGUGGCCGCGGCGGUUACCCCCAGAGCCAUGUCGGUGGCUACGCCCCUCCGUAUGGCGGUGGCAAUGGCCAGGUAGUGCCGUACGGGCCUCAGCCCCACUACCAAAACCCAUUCUCCCCCACUCCGAUGAAUGGGAAUGGCGGCGGUAAUUAUUUCAAUAACGAACACAGGUGGCCGCCAGGUAAUGAGAUGAUGCCGUUUGGUGGAGGCGGUCAGAACUAUUAUGGGGGUGCACCGUAUCCUCCUGUACCGCACGCCAUGCAACAAUACCAGUGGUCGCCUCCUCCGCCCCCGCCAACUGACAUCGCCCCCCCUCGAACGCCCGCUCCCCCAGAGCCUCCAAAAGAAGACCCGGAGAAGGAGGCCAUGAAAAAGAAACUGGCUGAGAUUGAAGCCGAACAAAAAAGGAAGGAAGAGGAAGCCAAACAGAAGGAGCUCGAGGCUCAGAUUCGAAAGGAGGCGGAGGCAGCAUUCCAGAGAAAGAUGGAGGAAAUUAAGAGAGAAGAGGAGCUGCGGGCCGAGGAAAGGAAAGCGGCCUUAGAGAGAGCUAAAAAGGAAAUCGAAGAAGCGAGGAAGGAAGCCGAGAGAACAGCGCGAGAAACUAUCGAAGCUGAGAGAAAAGCCGAAGCAGAGCGUGCCCGCAGAGAAGCAGAGGCAAUUGCCCGGGCUGAGCGAUCUGCACGAGAUAAGUUAGAAGCUGAAAGAAAAGCCGAAGAAGAGAGAAAGAAAAGAGAGGCGGAAGCUGCUGCUCUCGCCGAGGCUGCCGCUAAAGCUAAGUUAGAAGCUGCAAUUAGGGCCGAACAGGCGGCUCAGGCGGCUGCUGCCAAGCGGGCCGCAGAAGAAGCAGAGCAAAGGAAGAGGUUUGAGGAGGAUGCGAAGGCCAGAGCCGAGUUAGAAGCCCGCAAAAAGGUCGAAGCUGAAGAAGCGGCCAGGGCUGCGGCUGCGGCCAAGGCUGCUGAAGAGGCGGCAAGACAGAAGAGGUUUGAGGAGGAAGCUAAAGCCAAAGCCGAAAUGGAAGCUCGCAAGAAGGUCGAAGCCGAAGAGGCAGCUAAGGCAGCGGCAGCGGCAGCGGCUGCUGCUGAAGCAGCAAGACAGAAGAGGUUAGAAGAAGAGGCCAAGAUCAAAGCCGAGCUUGAAGCCCGUAAGAAGCUCGAGGAGGAAAAGGCAGCGGCAGAGGCAGCUAAGGCCGCCGAAGACGCUAAAAAGAAAGAGGAGGAGGCUUUCAAGAAGAAGGCUCUCGAGGAGGCAAAGGCAAAGGCCGAGGAGGCGAAUAAGAAAGACAUGGGCAAAGACAAGGCGCCCAUUCGCUUCAAGGACGCCGUUGGGAGAAAGUUCAGCUUCCCUUUCCAUCUAUGUCAAACCUGGCAGGGCAUGGAAGAGCUCAUCAAGCAAGCGUUCUUGCAUGUCGACGUCAUCGGGCCGCAUGUGCAAGCCGGCCACUAUGAUCUUAUCGGACCAAACGGUGAAAUUAUUCUUCCUCAAGUGUGGGAGAAGGUCAUCGAGCCCGACUGGGCGGUCACGAUGCAUAUGUGGCCGAUGGAGCAACGGCCACCUUUAAAUCCAAUGAUGGGACGCGGCCAAGCAGGGCCAGCUCAGAUGGGUGGCCGGCCGCCUGUGAAUAUCAGGAUUCCACUCCAACGUCCUGGUCAACCCCCUGUUCCUCCACAACACACUGGUUUUGUGGGUAUGAACAUGGGCGGCAUGGGCGGUAUGGGUGGCAUGGGUGGCAUGGGCGGCGGUGGGCGACCUCCGGAUGGCCAUGAACGCGGAGCUGGGGGACCGCCUAUCCCGCACGGCGUGCAAGUCAUGCAGGCUAACAAACCUAAGAAGCCAAAGCAGAAGGUCCAAACCGGUGUCCUCGGCUGGAUAGGAGGAAGCGGGAAGACUUCUAAUAAAAAGGGAGGGUCAGUACUCGAAUCCAUCCUAUUCUUCGUUACGUGA